ACCGCGAGGGGCGGUAGCGAGCAGACUGAGUACAUUUUGAAAGGUGCCAUCAUUUUUAUUAAAAAAAAGUUGCGGUUGAUGGGUCGUAUCGUACGUCGAGGACUCAGCAAACGCCUUAAAUCGUGUUUUACGAGCAGAACUCUGCAUGGAAGAAACACAAAAGUUGUGGGACCUCGUCUCUCAUUCCUAUGACUCCCAAGAAACCUCAGCAUUGGCUCCAAGUGGUCGGACAUGCAGGGAGCUUUUAUGUUGGGGAUUAUGGUACACUGCUGAAGAGGUUUUGUAAGAGGGAGCAACAGUGCUAUGUGAGGCUGAUGAAGGACAUUUUGAGGCCCUUUGUUCCAGCCUACCACGGUGUAGUGCAGCGGGACAAGCAGGAUUACAACAUGAUGGAUAACUUGUUGACCCAUUUCAACACACCUGCCAUCAUGGACUGCAAGAUGGGCAGCCGCACAUACCUGGAGGAGGAGCUGCACCUGGCUCGAGAACGGCCACAGCCUCGUAACGACAUGUUUGAGAAGAUGGUGGCUGUGGACCCGGAGGCCCCAACGGUCCAGGAACGAGCCCAGCAGGCAGUGCUGAAGACGAGGUACAUGCAGUGGAGGGAGACGCUGAGCUCAACAACGACUCUGGGUUUCCGCAUCGAAGGAUUCAGGAAGGCAAAUGACGAAUGCCACACAAACUUCAAAAGGACCAAAAGCAGAGAGCAAGUGGGGGAAGUACUUGACAACUUUGUCGAGUCCAGUACACACAUAGUGUGGAGUUAUCUGCGACAGCUGAAACAGUUGCGGCAGGUCUUGGAGGCAUCCGACUUCUUCAGAACACAUGAGGUUGUGGGCAGUUCCUUACUGUUUGUGCACGACUGGACAGGCAGAACAGGAGUCUGGAUGAUUGACUUUGGAAAGACAGUGGCUCUGCCGUCACACCUCACCUUGGACCACCGCACUCCCUGGGUAGAGGGCAAUCGAGAAGAUGGCUACCUGUGGGGUCUGGACAACCUCAUCGAUAUACUUGCCAACAUGCUGCCACUGACCUGAAUGCCACUCUAAAAUGUUUGGAAAUUUACUCUCAAACUUCCUUAACCACUUAGUCGGUGACUGCGGAUGACUUCUGAAAUGGUUGUGUUGUGUUUUUAGAAAAAUACAGUACAUGACCAAAACUAAGAUAUAAGAUAUGAUAAAUGUACUUCUUGAGGGUGUAAAAAAAAUGAAAGGUGUGGUUGAUUACAAAAACAAUAAAUUGCAAAAAUGAACUGAUAGCUUUGAGAUUUGUGUUACCAAGAAAAUACUUUUCAGAGCAGAUUUUUCAGGUCUGGUCAAAGGAUCAUUGGUGCAUUAUGGGAUCUCUGUGCUGCCUGAGCCUUGUACAGUGAAACCACUGUGACUAUUGAUUAGAUCUGCUCUCACCUGGACUGCAGCAGAGCAAAACACAAUGUCACUUUCCAGCCCCAGCAGGAGACAUCUGACCCUGCAGUCUUGAGAUGAGUUCCUCAUUAUUUUCAGGAGACACAGCACCAGCAAUUAUAAGCUAAAAAUAUGACCACCCUCUCUGGAUAGAGACAAUCAGUUUAAAUGUCACACUAUGUCAUUAAAAUGGUGAUAUAUAUAGCUAUAAUGCUAUAAAAUGGA